AUGUACGGCCAUCAGAACGAGAAACCACUCUACAUCGGACUAGCACCCAUCAAAGCAUCCUCCCCUCCACCCCCGCAGCCCAUCGGAACACCGCCGACAACCGACGAGGGCUUCGCCUACUCGACCUUGCUCCGAAGGGCCGAAGACGAAACCCUGCUCAGGUCUUCCCACCACCAUCACCACCCCAGGUCGCGACUGCCCAGUCCAACCACCUCAACAUUCCCCCAGAAAGCAUAUCCCAUCAAUGGAUCCCACGAAGAAUCCCAAACGGCUGGCUCUUCUUCCUUCUACGCCUCUGCCACCCCUUCCGCACACUACUCGGUCCAAUCGAUCGACCAGGUCGUCCAGCAGUUCAACACUCAUCCUGUCAAAGGGCUCCCCUCCCAGUCCGUACCCGCAAUCCGUGGAAUUCAUGGUCCAAACGAGUUUCAGGUCGACGCUAGGGAAUCGGUCCUCAAGAAAUUCCUUGCCCAGUUUUAUGAGAGUCCAUUGAAUCUCCUGUUACUGGGAUCUGCCGCCAUCAGCUAUGUCGUCGGUAACACCGAUGACGCCAUCAGUAUCACUGCCGCUAUCGUCAUCGUCGUCACAGUUGGCUUCAUUCAGGAACGACGAUCUGAGAAAUCUCUGGCUGCUCUCAACAAACUGGUUCCCCAUUACUGUCAUCUAACACGAGAUGGUCAGCCACAAACCCUACUGGCCAACGUUCUCGUCCCAGGGGAUUUGGUAACAUUCUCUGUCGGGGAUCGGAUCCCGGCAGACCUGAGACUGAUCAAAGCAAACCAACUUGAGAUCGAUGAAAGUUCGAUGACAGGGGAGACCAAACCGAUGAAGAAACAACUCGAACGGGUCCAGAUCGAAGGCCGUCUACCCGACAUCUCCGAACGAACCAAUGUCGCUCUCAUGGGCACAUUGGUCAAGAGCGGUAACGGUGCUGGUAUCGUCGUCGGAACCGGCUUGGAAACUGAGUUUGGCGUCGUAUUUGGAAUGAUGCAAGAGGUCGAAGAACGAAAGACGCCCCUACAGUUAUCGAUGGACGAACUGGCCAAGAAGUUGAGUGCAAUAUCAUUUGCAGUAAUAGCUGUGAUUUGCUUGAUUGGGUUAUGGCAGAAACGAAGUUGGCUUGAGAUGUUCACAGUUGGGGGUCAGUUAGCCUUUUUUCUUCUGUCUCUUCAUUCUGGUUCAUUUCCACUUUGCGCUAACAGUUUUAUCAGAUGGCAUCGCUCUUAUCAUGUCCAAACAGUCUCACUUGCCGUUGCCGCCAUUCCUGAAGGAUUGCCGAUUGUGGUCACAGUCACCCUGGCCUUGGGCGUUUUAAGAAUGUCAAAGCGUAAAGCGAUCGUCAAAAAACUACAUUCAGUCGAAACCCUGGGCUCAGUUUCAGUUAUCUGCUCGGACAAAACUGGAACUCUCACCACUAAUCAAAUGACUGUAACUCAAAUCUUCACGAUAGAUGACGGUCUGAAAACCGUCGAAUCACUAGCUGAACCCAACAUGCACAUGCUCAAGAUCUCAGAUGUCAUCCUCAAAACCCUUGAAAUCGCCAACCUCUGUGUGAACGCUUAUCGAAAUCAAGAUGGAGCAAAUGUCGGCACAAGUACUGAGGUAGCCCUCUUGAACGUGCUAACGAUUUUGGGUGUCGAAGAUUGUCGACCGCAGUUCAAUCGGAAGUCAGAGAUCCCGUUCACAUCUGAGGCCAAGUACUCAUCAGUUGUUGGCUCAUUCAAAUCAACCGAAUCGAGACCAUCCAAUCCACCCAUUUCACCACGAAGUAGCCGGUCAAACCAGUCGCUGAUCACCGAUUGCGACACCCAUUACCUGAUUGGUGCCCCGGAAGUCGUUCUUUCUCGAUGCAAAUUUUAUCUCAAAUCGGACACAGUCACGACCAGCUUGGAGGAGGAGGGGAUUCGAGCUAAGAUCACUCAACAAGCUGAAAACAUGGCCAAAUCUGGCCUUCGAGUCCUGGCCAUGGCCUACGGAUUUGACUCAAACAACAUGAUCUUCACUGGAUUACAAGGAAUGACCGACCCGCCUCGAAAGGGAGUCUCAAAUGCGAUCGCUUCUCUGCAAAAAGGAGGUGUCCAUGUCGUCAUGAUCACAGGUGAUUCUGAGUUCACGGCCACAGCGAUCUCCCGAGAACUGGGCAUUCUGACCAAUUCGGGUAUCUCGAGCUGUCUGACUGGGCAAGAGAUCGACCGACUGACUCCCCGUCAGCUCAUCGACCGAGUCAAAGGUACUUCAGUCUUUGCCCGAGUGACGCCAAGGCACAAGAUGUCGAUCAUCGAGGCCUUCCAGUCUACCGGAUCUGUCGUCGCCAUGACAGGCGAUGGCGUCAAUGAUGCACCCGCUCUCAGGAUGGCUGACAUUGGUAUCUCGAUGGGCAAAGGCGCAACGGAUGUAGCCAAGGAAGCUGCAGACUUGAUCCUCGUCGACGACAACUUUUCCACCAUCCUGCCCGCGAUUGAGGAGGGCAAGACGAUAUUCUACAAUAUUCAAAACUUCCUAGCGUUCCAACUUUCGACAGCCGUUGCUGCAUUAAGUUUGAUCACCAUCUCGACGAUCUUGGGUCUACCUGCCCCAUUGAAUGCUAUGCAAAUUUUGUUCAUCAACAUCUUGAUGGACGGGCCCCCUUCUCAAUCGCUUGGAGUUGACCCAGUCAACAAAGAAGUGAUGAAGCGCAAGCCGAGAUCCAAAAACUCAGCCGUUCUGACGGUCCGUCUCCUCUACAGGAUCGGAUUCUCAGCGAUCAUGAUCAUCGGAUGCACACUAUUUAUCUACCUAUUUGAUCUGAAGGGCGCAGAGGCUGGACAGAGAGAUCAAACGGUGACAUUCACUUCCUUCGUCUUCUUGGAUCUCAUCUCGGCCAUCCAGAAUCGAGGCCUGAAUGUCGACCUCCUUCCGAGGAGGAUCAAACAGCAGAUCCGAGGGAUUUUCCAGCACAAGCUCAUGGCAGUCUUAACUCGGGCAUCGCGGAAGAUCUACCAACCCUUAAGCCGAACGGCAUCCCAUCAUCAUCAUCUGACGACCCGCGACGACCGGGUGAAAACACACAACCCGAUCCUCCUGAUCACCGUCCUGAUCUCCUUCUUAAGCCUCCUGACAAUCAUCUACCUCCACCCCUUGCAGAAAAUCUUCCAGACUCAGGCCUUGGAUCGCCGCGACCUCACCCUCCUCUUCGGGUUGGGCUCCGUCAGCUUCGCGGCUCAUGAGGUCCGUCGACACAUCGAACGCCUCAUCGAGAAAAAUGAACACGACACGACUCUUGAUCUUAAUUUUUAA